CUUCGGCUCAGGCUGGUUGUUACGGUAACUGUGGGUACGCCGAGGCCUCCAGUGCUGAGGUGAUUGUGAAUUGGCGCCGACACCAGGGAAAAGUUUCAGGGGGUGGGGAACCAACACUGGACGUGCUUCAGAAUUGGACAGAGGCUGACUAUGCUAACAUGGCAGUUUACUUUGAUCAUCGCAUUGAUGCACCUGAUACUGUGGGUCCUCCAUCAGAGAUUGCUUGGCAUCGUAUCCACCCAUUGUUGGCAGUAGCCUCUGUUAGCACCAGUAGCACUCCAGGGGGCAGUGUGGAUGUGUAUCUUGAGCAGGGAGAACACAUACCCAAUGCACACGUUGAGCGUCCCUUCCAGCCAACGCUCAUCAGUUGGCAUCCUUCCAAAAGGGUUGUAGCAAUUGGUUGGGAAACUGGAGCAGUGAUUUUUUGGUCUGAACAGGGUGCGGAUGAACAGCAGAUAGCAGCUGGCACACACCGAGCUCAGAUCACCAUCUUGGAGUGGAGCAGCAAUGGCACACGGCUGGUCUCCGCUGAUAAAGCUGGAGUUCUGAUGGUGUGGCGGGUGGAUCAGCAUGGGCGAGUGCAAGGAUCACCAGUUGGUAAACAAGAUUUUGGCAAGCAGCUGAGCCACUGUAUCUUCAAACCUCCUGCCCCAGGAGAGGAUCUUGUACAGUUGGCUAAAGCUGCAGUAAGUGGGGAUGAAAAUGCUUUGGAUAUGUUCAACUGGAAAAAGGUUGGAAAAGGGGAUGCACCAUUUAAAGUUGGACUUCAGCAAGGAAUCACAUGUUUUGUCAGUGUAACAGAUGGGACUGUGUAUCAUGUUAAUGAAAAAGGGAAGAGCUUGCAGGUCCUCUGCACUGAUGGACCAAUCAAAAAACUCAUGUAUAUGGAGGGGAAGGAAAUCCUGAUGGUUGUGACUGAAGCACUUUUCCUAUCCCAGCACAGUAUUGGUCUUGAUGGAACAAGUCAAGAGCUUAUGAAGGUAAAGCUGAGCGGAAAGGCAGGCCCAAAAGCUGAUAUUAUCUGGGUGGAGAGUGGCCUUCUCAUUACAGCCACAGGCGAGAUAGUUAUUAGGCUCUGGGAUUUGGAUAAAAAUGAGAAUUAUACUUUGACACCAGAUGAACACCUGGGGUAUAGCACUGGAGAAAUCAUAAAUUGCAUCUCUUACUGUGAAAGUAAAGGUAUCAUAGCAGCUGGCACCAGCAAGGGGCAGGUUGCUUUGUGGCGAAAGGCUUUGGUCAACAGUUCGAGUGUUUGCAGAAUAGAGGGGAAAGACCAAUGGAAACUACAAGCUCCAAUUGAUCUCGAAGGAAAUAUCAUACAGAUCAAGUGGGGCACCAGUAAGAACCUUCUGUCUGUGAACAGUGCUGGCACAGUCCUUAUCCUCAGUGAGCAGGUGAUGUCUGCUCAUUUCAACCAACAAGUGGCAGCAAUGCAGGUGGCUCCCAACCAACUGAGCCUUACCUUCUUCUCCUCAGGAAACCAGCAGAUGCUCCGUUCAGACAUGCAUGUCAAAGGGGUUUAUGUCACCAAGGAAACAAUAGCAGUAUGGAAUGGAAAGCACACAACCGUUUUCGAACCAUUUGGGCCAUCACUGAGAAAUGCAGGCUCGUUCCCCUGUGAUUCUUCUGUUUUGGCUAUCCAUGAAGAGAGCAUUUACACUGUCGAGCCAAACCGUGUGCAGGUUCGCACCCUGCAGGGUACAGUCAAGCAGCUGCUCAUGUUCAGUGAGACGGAGGGAAACCCCUGUCACCUUCACAUCUGUGGGAACUUCCUGGUGGUGGGGACAGACACAUCACAUGUGAAGGUCUUUGAUCUUUCCCGCAGGGAAGCAAAGCCUCACUGUAAUGCUAAAAACCUGGCAGAGCAUGUCACCAGCCUGGGACAUAUUACGUCUGUGAAGUGCAAUUCCAACGGCAGUAACGUCAGCAUUCUCAUCAACAGGCUGAAUGGCACCCCAGAUUCCAGAGUUUUCUUCUAUGAUGUGGAGAUGGACACUCUGAAUUACUUUGACUUUGAAACUGGGCGACCAAGCAGUGAAAGCUAUUCUAUGCCUCAUGUGGAAGAGGGUGACAUGGAAAAAGGGCGUUCUGAGAUGAGUGAACUGCUGGGACGAUAUCCAAUCAGCCAUUUCUGGGAUCAGAAUGAACCUAAAUUGUUUGUGUGUGAGGCCCUUCUGGCUGUUUCAACCCCAAAGCAGUCAAAGCUGUCUACAAGCACUGAAACCAAUUGUCUAGAAUAUAAGGUGAAUGUUGUGGUGGUAUCGUUCUUCAUCACACAGGAACAUGGCCUCUUGCUGCAGGACAGUUUCACCAAGGCGGUGUCCCAUGAGGCCUUGCUGGGGCUGGAAGUCCCCUAUUAUUAUUUCUCCAAAAAGUCAGGGGAGAUCGAAAAUAACCCUGAGCCAAUGCCAGGCUCUGCUUCCAUUCCACAGAUGGUGGCAAAGAGGCCCCUGCGAGAUUUUGUUGGGCUAGAAGAUUGUGACAAGACAACACGUGAUGCCAUGCUGAAUUUCAGCUUUUAUUUAACGAUAGGAGACAUGGACGAGGCUUUUAAAUCAAUUAAACUCAUCAAGAGCGAGGCAGUGUGGGAGAACAUGGCCAGGAUGUGUGUGAAGACACGACGGUUGGAUGUGGCCAAGGUGUGUCUGGGGAACAUGGGCCAUGCCAGGGGAGCCAGAGCCCUACGAGAGGCUGAACAGGAGCCAGAACUGGAUGCGAGAGUGGCCAUGCUGGCAGUACAGUUGGGAAUGCUGGAGGAUGCAGAGAGGCUUUACAGAAACUGUAAGCGGUUUGACCUCCUUACCAAGUUUUACCAGGCCUCAGGACAGUGGCAGAAGGCCAUUGAAAAUGCUGAGGGAUUUGACAGGGUCCAUCUGAGAACAACAUACUACAAUUACGCCAAACACUUGGAAGCGCUAGGGGACCAUCACCUCGCACUCAGCCAUUAUGAAAAGUCAGACACACACCGAUUUGAGGUACCAAGGAUGCUCCUAGAAGAUCUACAAACGCUUGAAAUAUAUGUCAACAAAACAAAGGACAAGAGCUUGUGGAAAUGGUGGGCCCAGUACUUGGAAAGUCAAGCAGACAUGGACUCUGCUUUGAAAUAUUAUGAGAAAGCACAAGACUAUCUCUCCCUUGUCCGUGUUCAUUGUUACCUCGGCAAUACACAAAAGGCCUCUGAAAUUGCCAAUGAAACAGGGAAUCAUGCAGCCUCUUAUCAUCUGGCUCGUCAGUAUGAGGCUCGGGAUGAUGUUAAACAGGCCAUUCACUUCUACACCCGUGCACAGGCCUACAACAAUGCAAUUCGGCUCUGCAAGGACAGUGGCCUAGAUGAUCAUCUGAUGAACCUGUCUCUCCUGAGCUCCCCAGAGGACAUGAUGGAGGCAGCCCGUUACUAUGAAGAGAAAGGACUCCAAAUGGAUCGUGCUGUGAUGCUGUAUCAUAAGGGUGGUCAUUUUUCCAAAGCCAUUGAAUUGGCCUUUGCUACCCAGCAGUUUAAUGCUUUGCAACUCAUAGCUGAGGAGCUGGAUGAGAAUUCAGACCCUGCCCUGUUAUCUCGGUGUUCUGACUUCUUCAUUGAGCACAAGCAGUUUGAAAAGGCAGUGGAACUGUUGGUUACUGCUAAGAAGUACUAUGAGGCCCUCCAUCUCUGCUUGGAGCAGAACCUGACCAUCACGGAGGAAAUGGCAGAGAAAAUGACUGUGUCUAAAGAUUCAAAGGAACUCUCUGAGGAUUUCCGCCGUGACCUGCUUGAACGUAUUGCUGACUGUUGCAUGCGGCAGGGAAAUUAUCACCUCGCAACCAAAAAAUACACACAGGCUGGCAACAAGACCAAGGCAAUGAGAGCACUUCUGAAAUCGGGAGACACAGAAAAGAUCAUUUUCUUUACAGGAGUCUCUCGACAAAAGGAGAUUUACAUCAUGGCAGCAAACUACCUUCAGUCCUUGGACUGGCGGAAAGAUCCUGAAAUUAUGAAAAAUAUCAUCAGCUUCUACACUAAGGGACGAGCAUUGGACUUGCUUGCUGGCUUCUACGAUGCCUGUGCACAGGUUGAGAUUGAUGAAUACCAGAACUAUGAGAAAGCAUUAGGAGCCCUGACUGAGGCUUACAAAUGCCUGUCCAAAGCUAAGAUGAAGAGUCAAAGUGAAUUGGAGGAACGGUUGGGACAGUUGCAGAACAAGCUAACAAUGGUGAAGAAAUUUGUGCAGAUCCGAAGGCUGUAUGAAGAGGAUCCAAAGGAAGCUUUAAAACAGUGUGAGAAUCUGCUGGGGGAGCCCGGGCUCAACCAGACUGUUCGAACUGGCGAUGUCUAUGCACUCCUGAUAGAACACCACGCACAACAGGGGAGCUUUGAGGUGGCCUAUAAGUACAUGGAAGAAAUGACAAAGAAACUACCCUCUGCCAAUGUAACAUACUACAUCAACCAACAAAUUACUGAUGCCAUUUACAAGGCAGUGGGUGUUCCAAUAAAGGCCAACAUAGUAGUGGAGAAGGUUCGACACAGCAGUGCAGAGGAUGGAGAUGAGGUGGAAGAAGAUGUAGCUGAGGACUCUUACAAUGGACCCGAGGACUGAUCUCCAACCUCUACAAGUUGACCCUCAAAGACGUUCAACUCAAAUCCGUUAUGAUACUAAUAUUUUACCAAGAGACAAUCUGCACCAGUGGCCUAGGACUCAGAAUUUUGCCUCAGGAACACCUUUAGUUCACAUUUAUAUGAAACCCAAAGACGAGACUGGGUCACUGUACACUGACAGACAAUUACACUUCCACUGAGUCCCAUCCCUGCUUCCCAGUGAACAUGAAUCUCUGGGACACUUGUUACUUUAUUUCUAGCAGGUAGUCCCUGAGAACACAGACAUUAACACAGGAGACACCAGCACACAUUAUGCCCAAAUGCUGGUGCUGGGGAAAAUGCUGUAAAUAACUUGCUGCAAAUAUCCUAUCACUCAGUCAUUGUGAUAGUACAAAUAUAGCUUAAUUAGCUUGUUGUCUACAAAGCUCCUGUCAAACAUGAAAAGAGUUUAAAUUGGCAGAGGAGAGUCUGAAGGCAGCAACAUUACUGCUUUAUACCACACCAGCCUUGCCGCUGCUGUUCCUGAGCUGCUUUCAAGCAGGGGGAAACAAUCAAGAAAAGUAAUUGACAGUGUUACACUUGACAGCCAAUCCCCAGGGCUGAGUUUAAUAAGACUGCUGGCUACAACUAGUGAUUAGACUAUAGGGGAAACGGAGAAUGCUCCUUACCCUGGGAUUUCCUUGGGCUUUGUUAGUUUAUGUAUAGAGAAUGUUUGCAGCUAACUGGAAUCAGUCAAACAGACCAGAAAUUUAUAAUUCCUCUUGGUCUUCAACUUUUUAAUAUUCGGGUUUAUUAUCCUUAGUGCACAAUUUGUGGUAAAACAAUUUGAAGCAGAUCAUUUAUUGAUACUUUUAUAUAUAUUUUUAUUAGUAUUUAUUCAAUUACUCUUAAGAUUUGUAAUUCCAUUUUUAUCACAUCCUGUAUUUCGUGACAGGAGUAAAAACAAUAAAAACUUUCCUUUGUUGUGGAAAA